GGUUGCAAGCUAAUCUUAACAAAAGCUCAAUUUACUGUGGUGGAGUCCAGAAGGAAGUGAGACAUCAAAUUGUCCAACAGCUUGGAUACACUAUAGAAGAGCUUCCUUUCAAAUACUUGGGGGUGCCACUGUCAUCAAAGAAGUUGAAUACAAUUCAAUGGUAUCCACUUAUAGAGAAAAUCAUGACAAGAAUCAACUCUUGGACAACAAAAAAGCUGUCCUAUGCAGGAAGAGCUCAACUAGUCAAGACUGUUUCGUUAGGAGUACAAGCUUACUGGGCACAGCUGUUUCUAAUACCUGCAAAGAUAAUCAAGUUGAUAGAAGGCUUAUGCAGAAGUUAUCUAUGGUCAGGGGUGGGAUAUGUAACAAAGAAAGCUCUAAUAGCUUGGGACAAAGUGUGCUGUCCUAAAUAUGAAGGAGGUUUAGGCCUGAUCAAUCUGAAAAUUUGUAACAGGGCAGCAAUUGCUAAACUAUGUUGGGAUCUAGCAAACAAAGAAGAUAAGUUGUGGAUUAAAUGGAUUCAUGCAUAUUAUAUAAAAGGACAGAGGGAAUGGAAGAUGAGCAAUACUGCAAGCUGGAUGGUUAAGAAAAUAAUGAGUGCAAAGGUUACAGUUGAUCAAGCUCAGCAAGAACAAAACAAAAGGAAAGGUGUGCUUAGGCACAUUUACUAUCACAUGACAGAAAGGAAACAAAGGCCAGCAUGGCCAUGCCUCAUGUUUAGUAAUGUAGCAAGACCAAAAGCCUACAUCACAAUGUGGAUUAUGAUGAAUCAAAAACUAUCAACUGUGGAUAGACUAGUUCAAUGGGGACUUGAAGUAGAUAAAAUGUGUGUGUUAUGUAAGAAUGCAGAAGAAACUACAGAACACCUGUUUCUACAAUGUCAGUUUGCAAGGAAGCUGUGGGAAAUUUUAUUGAGAAGGUUGGAUCAUCAAGGUACUGUUCCAGUGGUUUGGGAGCAAUUUCAACAAUGGUGUGUCCAGAAUGGGAAGGGGAAGAGAACUACAGCACAAAUGUUCAAGACAGUGCUAACAGAAGGCAUAUAUGGCUUAUGGAUAGUGAAAAACAAUAGAAUUUUUGAGCAAAAAAGCAGAAAGGAGGAGAGUAUAGCAAAAGAGAUUGCUUAUGUGACUAUGGCUAGAAUUCCUACUAAUAUUUCAAAGAUGUAUUUGAACUGGUGA